AUGAGCGGCGACGACGGCGGCGCCCCCGUCCCGCCAGUGCCCGAGGCGCAGACGGGGAGCAAGCCCAAACGUGUGCGCACCGGCUGCCUGACCUGCCGCGAGCGCCACCUCAAGUGCGACGAGGCCCUGCCGCACUGCCAGAACUGCCGCAAGUCGAAUCGCAUGUGCAAGCGCGGCAUCCGCCUCAACUUCAUCGACACCACCGUCCAGGCCCCGCCCGUCCUGUUGACCUCGCAGGACUGGAACGUCAGCUUCCUCGACGAGUCGCGCGACAUUGCUUCCGAGUACAAAGGCGGGCUGAGCAAGUAUGGCGCCCUCGGGGUCCAGGUCACUGCGCAUGCCAUUAACGGCCUAUCGUUGGACUUCCCUCCCGGCCCUCCACCCCCGCCCGAGCUGUCGCACCAGCCUUUGCCGCCCAUCCAGGGCAUGUUGCCCGACAUGUAUACCGACGACCAUCAGAACGUCAUGUACGAUGUGCCGCAGCCGGCGCAGCCGCAGCACAUCCAGCCGCACGCCGACAUGACCUUUUCGGCGUCGAAUUCGAUACAGGGCGCGCCGUCGUACAACAGCCACGAAUCCACGGCCUCUCCGCCGGCACAACGACGAGAUUUCUUAAAUGACCCGGAGGAGGUGCUUUUUAUGCAGGUCUUUGUCGAAGAAGUGGGCUUGUGGAUGGACAGUAUGGACCCACAAAAACAUUUCUCGAGGCUAUUGCCUUUCCACGCGCUCAGUAAACCCAUGUUGUUGAAUGCAUUCUUGGCUUGUGGAGCGCGGCAUCUGUCCCUCGUCAACGUGCGAUACACCGAGGACAAAGCACUGCAUUACUACGACACCGCCACGCGCCAUCUGCUCAAUUCGCUGCAGAACCCGAACCGAGACCCCGUGUUAUGUGCCACGACCGCCGUCAUCCUUAACGUUUACGAGAUCAUGUGCGAGCGUGCUCUGCAGCGAAUGAACCACAUCGCCGGGGCGCGCGCCCUCAUCAAAGAGUGUGGAUGGAACGCCAAAUCGACAGGCAUCGGCGCGGCGUGUUUCUGGCUAAAUGUGGGCAUGGAGCUGCUCAGCUGCCUGCACUUCAACUGGCAGGUGGCCUGGGACCCCGACGAGUGGGGCGUCGACAUGGACUUUGGGCGCGAGACGGAGACGGGCAAGGAGGAGGUGUGGACGUAUCGCAUCGUCUACAUUGUGGCGAAAAUCGCAAACUUCCGCGCCUCGAUCCCGCGCAAGGCGGCAGGGUCGCCGCGUGACGAGCAGAUCCGGCUGCAGAAGCGCUACGCCGAGUGGCAGCAGCUGAAGGGCUGGGCCGACGCCUGGAACGAGAGCAUCCCGCUGACGAUGCACCCCAUGGGCUACCUGUACCCGUAUCAGACGGCGUCGCAGUCGGCCUUUCCCGAGGUGUGGCUCAUCAAGCGGGCGACGAUCGUCGCGCGGCUGUUUUACCACACGGCCAUGUGUCUGCUGGCGCAGACGAACCCGAUCAUGUCCAAGGACGUGGACGAAAUGAAGGACUUGUUGCGGGCGCAUUCGCAGCAGAUCUGCGGAAUCGUGGCGCACGUCAAGGACCGCGGCGUCGCAAGCGUAGCCAUCCGCUCCCUCUCCAUCGCCGCCGAGUGCCUCACCACCCGCCGCGAGCAAGACGAAGUCCUGCAGAUCCUCGACAAAAUCCGGCAGGAAACGGGCUGGCGCGUCGGCUUCAUCAACGCCGAGCUCAAAAAGGCGUGGGGCUGGCCCGAGGAUCCCGCGCCGCAGCAGCUGCCCACGCCCACAAUGCAGCACCAGCAGCACGCUGCGGUGCCGCAAUCGCAGCAACAGCAGCAGGCACAACAGCAGCAGCACGCAGUAGCGGCCGUCGCAGCCGCCGCCGCCGCUUCCGCGCCCCCGCUCGCCUACGCCCCCGCUACAGUGCAGCCGCAAGCAACAACGCUGCAGCCGAUGAGCACGGUGCUGGCGCCCGCGCUCGCGCCCACGACCGUCGCGCCCGCUGCUCCUGUUCCUGCUGUCGCAGCAGCAGCCCCAUCGGCCGCAGGCCCGCAGGCGCAGACGAACGCGAGCACUACUGGCGCACCUGCAGCAGCAGCUGCUGCUGCGCCGCCCCGCUCUCGCCUCCCCCAGGGCAUUCUCAACCCUAUGCUUGCGGCGGCGGAUUUCUCGAUGCCUCAGCAUCCGUAUCAGAGUUAUUAUGUGGCGCCGAAUACAAUUGGGGGCGGGUUGGGGGGCGGGGGGUUUUAUUAG